AAUGCCUCCAAGUUUGUCAUUAUUGAAAACUUCAUUCAAUUUGAAGCCUUCAAUCUUUGAUGACUUGAAAGGAGCUCAAAAUGAUCAUAAAACAUCAAUACUGAUCGACGAGUUAGUCCUGAAUGAGAAAAUUACUGAAGUGGUAUCAAAAGACAGCAGAGAGCAUCCGUGGGCGAAUUCCAACGAAGACUCUUCGAAGAAAAGUUCGUCUCUGAGAAAAGGACCUGUUGGGUUUAUGGUUCUCAGUGUGCGAAAUACAGCGGCACCAAAAGUAAGUCCAGAAAACAAUUUCGCCCCGCGAAUGCUGAAAGUUUCGGUGAGUGAUGGGUAUCACACAUAUCACUUAAUUGAAGUCGAACCGAUAAAAUUAUUAAGCGUCGAUACAGCUCCAGGAACGAAAAUUAUUUUAACAGGGGACUUGACUGUUCGAAAUAAUUUGGUUCUUAUAAAAGCGGCUAAUGUCCAAUUUGUCGGAGGUCGGGUUGAGGAGAUGUAUGAAAAGUGGGUUGUCACCAAAGAUUUCAACACGAAAGCGAUUCGUGAUACUGGUGCGCCAAAAUUUGUGCCUUUUGGACGUGCAAUUGAUAAUGUGAAAAUAGACAAACAGGGAAAAGGCGAUACGAAAGAGGAAGAAAGUGCUGAGAAAACUGAAACCGAUGCCAAAUUUGGGGCGGUUCGUGAUCAAAAUUUAGAGGCUGUAAAACAACUUAAAACUGAGCAGAAAGGUCUAACUAGUGGAGCUACAGCUCAAUUGCCUUCGAGUGAUUUUUUCCAUUCCAAGAAAAAAGAGCCUCAAAAUGGUGCUACUAGCAGUGGUACUACAGUAACAAUGGGAAAUACACCAGCACCGGAUCCCUUUGCCGACGAUCCAUUUGGAGGACCUCGCGGUGGUAGGGGUGGCCGAGGAGGUCGGCGCGGACGAAAAGGUUCUGAUGCCGAGUAUGACGAAGGACCUGACGACGCGAAGUUUAAAGCGCCGUCUCAACAGGCGUCGCUUUUUGACAUCAUUCAAAACAAAAUUGACGACAUGACAGUCCAGGACAUUGAGUUUUCGGAUCCGAAUCCGCGACCGAUGGCACCUGUAUCGACACGACUCGGACCAAGCUCGGUUCGUAAUGGAGAUACUCGUUCGGGAACUUACGAAAGAGGCGGACAACGAGCAGGAAGAGGAUACAGAAAUGAACGAAGUUUUAACGAGGGAAGUUACGGAGGUGACCGGGGACGAAGCGGCCAACGGGUUUCGCAACGAGGCCGUGGGCGAGGUAAUUUUGAAGAUCAAAGGACCAGAGGCGAUAGAAACUCAAACAACGGUUACGAUCGGAACAACAAUCAGGGUGGCCAGAAUAUACAAAGAAAUCAAUAUCAACACGUCGACGGAUUCGAUAAUUACCCAAAACUCGGCGAUCAACAAAGUCACCAAGGAAGACAGUUUUCAGCACAUAGAAACAACAACUACAAUAACAAUCAAUUCAACAACCAAAACAUGCAUAACCAGGCAACUAGUCAAGAUUAUCCUAUGAUGGACCAUAACAUGCAGCAGUACAUGGGUAACGAUGCUACACACUACAUGAUGAAUUACCCUGUGAAUAUGGGCAUGGACCACGAUUGGAAUGGGUAUUAUGAUGAGUAUCCAGGGUAUCAGCACCAAGGAGUUGGAGGAAGGGGAGGGGGUUCAUACAAUCUGGAGUUUACGCCUAGAAACAGAGGUAGAGGAAGAGGAAAUUAUUACUGAAAGUGGAAUUUUAACUGAAACUGAAAACGUGGAAACUUAAACUAUGACGUCUAAUUUGAAAUAGUUGAUGCGGUAGCAAAGGAUUUCUUUAAAAAAUUGAAGCUUUACUGCUAAGUUAUAUAUUGGUCCUAAGUUAAAGUGAAUGAGCUGAA